UGUUGUUAUUUCAUGCAAUUUUCAGCGCUGGUCCAUGUUGUUGACCAUCUAAAUAGGCUGACCCACGAGCAAAUUAUCACAUUCGUGUUUUUCACAUGAAGGUGUUCACAUGAGAUUAUAAAGAGCUUUCAGACCUGAGAUAGGUUGGGCAAAAGUUUGUGAGAAGACGAAGAGGAUAAAAUCAGUGGAAUUAUUCCGGGAUACUGGACAGGAUGCUGAAAUUGUGGAAUUUUAUUGGAUUAGUGUUUUUGGUGUGGGGAGUAUGCAGUGCGUUAGAUAGUGACGAAUAUGCAACUGGAGAGUCGCUCGAUGGGAGUUCUUUGGAUGUGUACCGCUAUACUGUGUUAGAUCCCGAAAGGUAUGAGGAUGCAUCUUCGCAGGAAGAUGAUGUCCGCAAGAAGAGAGAAAGCGCUACAACUCGACAGUCCACUGAAGGUGAGGCGGCUGCUUCAGUAGAACCGUCACCUGCUCCCAGAGUUAAUCUAGAUGAACUAAUAGGAAGAGUUGAAGGAUCAUUUGUGCAGUCAGCUUUGAGUGUUGUUAGUUUCGUGGUAACUCAAAAUAGUACUAAUGCCCCUAAUUCUACUGACAAGGAUAAAGAUGAAAUUUCUCAAAACCAUAAACGUUCUGCAUUCUCCACUGACGAAGUCGCCUCUGAUCAGGACACAAUAUUCAAAUAUGUUACUACCAGGAGCAUUCCUGCAAGCGAAGAUCAGCCACCACAUUACAUUGUUGAUGAGGUAGCGGUAUCAAAAGGCCGAAGUGCAAUUACUCCUUUGAUCGCUUCUCUGGACUUCCAUGUUGAGAAGAUACACGAAUCCACUGUAAGUUCGACACCUAGUACCCUGAAAGAUGGGGACAUUCAGGAGUCUAGCAACUCGGCUCUAACAGUUGGUAAAGUAAUCGUUGAUGAUGUCAAAGUAACUACAUUUGUUACUCCCAUUCAUGCUGCGGAAUCAACCACCCCAUCAUCUUUAAGCAAAUCUACCACUAGUGAGCCAGCAGAAGUAGUGGAAAUAACACCCAAAACUUCUACUACGGAAGCUUCUAUAUCUUCAGCUUCAAUUCCGAAAGAAAUACCUUCAGCCCCUUCAUCGUCAACCACUUCUUCAACACCUAACACUUCAUCAUCAACAACAACUGCAUCAAGUUUGCCAGCUUCGACUUCAGUUUCACCAGCGUCUGCUUCACCAUCAACUGCAGAAGCAACUUCCUCAACAACUUCAUCAACGCCAACUUCGACUUCCACGAAAACCCCCAUUGAAAAACUGAAGGAAGCUGAAGAGGAUCUGAAGGAGAAAGUGGCUGAGAUCGAAGCUGAACCUAUAAUUUUGUCAGCUCGAGUCUAAAUUGUUGCUAAGGGGCUUAAUCUUUUUUCGGUGAAUCAUGUGUUGUGGACUAUGUCCUCCCCUGGAAACCAUUUUAUUUUUCUUGGCAUUCCACUCCAUUAUUUGAUCGUAUGACUGUUUGGUAACGAAGAACAAUCACCGAUGGUUCAGCAAAACUGGCGUCAGCAAUUAGCAUGCCGGGGUUGCUUGCUAACUUAAGUCCACUUCAGUAUUUUUUCUGUUAGUGUUUACUUUAAAUAUUAUAGCAAAUAUGGAAUAUAUUUAUUUUUACUUUGAAUUUGUUCAAAAUUUAAGAUUUAUUUUGGUAUGUUUGAGAUAUUGAAUAAAUAAAGAUUUUAUUGAGAA